AUGAUCGCAUCACUACUGGCCGUUGCGCUGCCCCUGGCGCUCCAAGCAUCCGCCGCACCGCUGCCAGCGUCGGCUUCUGCGGAAGGGCUCGACAUUCCAGCCGCGUUGCAGAACAUACUGUCCAACACCCACAACAGCGACGCAUACACCUACCCGACCGACCUGACCAGAGGAAUAGUACCGAAACGGAUUCACUCGCACAACGACUACUGGCGCGACGUGCCCUUCUACACGGCGCUUUCUGUGGGGGCCGUGUCCGUCGAAGCCGAUGUCUGGCUGUACGACGACACGCUGUUCGUGGGCCACGAAGAGUCCGCCUUGACUCCCGCCCGCACACUGGACUCGCUCUACAUCCAACCGAUCCUGAACGUGCUGAAGCGCGAGAACCCAAACUCGCGCUUCGUGUCGUCUCCGCCCACGCGCAACGGCGUCUUCGACACUUCCUCGGGCCAGACGCUGUAUCUGUUCAUCGACGUCAAGACGGCCGGAAACACCACCUGGCCUGUGGUCGUCGAGGCGCUCCAGCCCCUCCGCGACGCCAACUACCUCACCACAUGGAACGGCACACACGUCACCCCGGGCCCUGUAACGGUGGUCGGAACGGGCAAUACGCCGUUAGACCAAAUCCAGCCGGUGCAGCAGCGUGACUACUUCUUCGACGCAAACCUCGCGCUGCUGAACGAUACCCAGGCCAACAUCACCGCAAGUGUGUCGCCAGUCGCAUCGACCCAGUUCAGCCGCUGGAUCGGCGACAUCAACGGCACCACCUUCAACGAGACGCAGCUGGCGCUCGUGCGUGCCCAUAUCGCCGAAGCCAACAGUCGUGGCAUCCUGGCUAGAUACUGGGACACUCCCGCCUGGCCGCUCUCCACGAGAAAUGCCGUCUGGACCACCCUCAUCGAGGAGGGUGUCGGCUUGCUGAAUGCCGAUGACCUGCCUCAGGCCGCAGGGUUCGGUGGUGUCGCUGGAUUCUGGUGA